AUUGGUUUUGAUGCGCAGUGUAUACAGGUGGAUUCUCAGUAUCGGAGGUGAAAAAGAGAGUGAGAGAGAGCGAAGAACAGAAUCCUACCUCUUGGCAACAGCACAUAGGCAGCAUUUGCAAGAUGGUCGCCGGAUAAAAUUACUUGGGAUCAUUUUCCCCCUUGCUCUACCAGCGUGCCACAUAACGACUGACUCCUGAGAUGACCGAGGUGGAGCCGACGUUGGAUUUCGCGUCAUCCACCCGCUCCGGGCGGCGCAAUGCCCUGCCCGACAUCCUGGGCUCGCCCGCGGGCGUCAACCCCACCGACCUGCCCCUCAAACUUGCAGAGCUCUCCAUCUCAGAUGGCCCAGGGGGGGCGCAGUCCCCCACUUCCGAGGAGGCCCCAGCCCAGGCGGAGAGCGCCGAGGCCAAGGAUGGCUCCUAAAACCACUCCCGUGCCCCGACUCCAGGGGGCGCCAGGGGGCGUCACUGCUCUGGAGACAUGCAGAGAAGGGCACUGCAGACAGGACGACGAGCCAGGACGGAAGAAGAGCCAGGGCGCGUGGCGAGGGGUAAAACACCCCCCACAACAUGCUACUCUGCUGGGGGUGGGCUACUGCUGGGUCAUGGACUAUGGAACCACCUGAUGCAAGACUGAAUGGAGGAAUGCAAAAUGGGGCAGCGGACGCGUGUGUCAUAUGAAUAGGGAUUAUGCAUAUGAAUUACAAUGUGUUUAUGAUGGAUGAGAUAUCACCCUGUCGACACGUGUUCAAACACAC